AUGUUAGAAAAUCUUCAUGAACCAAAUUUACUUCGUGUACGUAUUAAUGAUGAAAUUCUUCGUUGGGUAGAUGAUGGUGCUUCAGAACUUGUUAAUUUUCCAGUAUUAAGUAUGGAUCAAAUUCGAACAAUAACAGUUGGGGUGUUUCAGUUAAAACAAGCUCGCAGUUAUUGUGAAGAACACUGUUCAACUACUCAUUUAGAUAAUCGUGCUGAUUUUCCUUUACAAAUAUGUGCUAACGAUCCUCAACUUAUUCGGAUACGUUUUAAAUCUCGUCAUAGCAACACAAAAACCUAUCAUGCUUACAUUUCAUUUUCUACACAAGAUAUUCUAAAUAGUUGUUGCGACUGUCCAAGUGGCGAUAGAAAGCAGCAACAACAAUCAACACCUAUUACAUUAACGCCUUCAAAUCGAUCACAUGCAUCAUUAAUAGAAGUUGCCGCUGUUUCACCAACUAAUACACAAACAACAACUCAAGUCGAUUCUUCAGCAUUACCAAAUCAAGCUGCACAUAAUGGUGGUAAACGUCGUUUAAUAUCACAAUCACAACAAUAUCGUUCCAUAAAAAGAAGUCGUAUAUAA